UUCCCGAGGCGGGGAUUGAGGCGCGGGGCCGCCCCUCCAACAUGGCGGCGGCCGAGCAGCAGCCGCCGGCGGCCGAAGGCGGCAAGGCGCUGAGCGCGCUGCUGGGCGGCAUCGCGCAGGCUGCCUACUACGGCAAGGCCGACAUCACCGAGGAGCUGCUGCGCGGGCAGCUCUACCCCGAGGCGGCGCCGGAGGAGUUCCGCGCCCUGCGCGCCAAGAUGGGCGGCCUGCUGCAGUCAAUUGCUUCAGCUGACAUGGAUUUGAAUCAGCUGGAAGCUUUUCUCACUGCCCAAACAAAAAAGCAAGGUGGCAUCACAUCGGAUCAAGCUGCGGUUAUUGCAAAAUUCUGGAAAAACCACAGAGCGAAGAUCCACGAGAGCCUGGUAAAUCAAAGCUGCUGGGAUAACGUCUUGAAAAACAUGAACUGGAGAGUGGAUUUGAAGUCACAGUCAAGACAUGUUGAUCAGAUAAAUACUCCAGUUGCAAUAGUUGAAAUGGAACUGGGAAAAAAUGGUCAGGAAUCUGAGUUUCUCUGCCUGGAGUUUGAUGAGACCAAGGUGAGCCACAUGCUGAAGAAACUCUCAGAAAUAGAGGAAAGCAUGACUGCGUUGACUCAGACCACUUGACUCAGAAAAUAAAGAAAUUGCAACAUGAAAAACAAA